AUUGAUGUGUAAAUCAAAGCUUAGUCAUUAAAUUGUUCUUAAGAUGGAAAUUUGUGUGACUCAGGUUGAAAAUCUGAGUCACAGAUUGAAUGAUUUGGGUAAUUCCGUCUGCAUUGCAAAUGUAUAUCUUUUUGAUUUAUUCAAAGUUGGAUAACUUGCAAUCCCUUAACCCUUAAGUCAUAGUGAAAUAGGGCUGGGAAGCAAUGACCACUGCUAAUUCAGAGCUGUAUUUGGUUAAAAGAAAAUCGGACUGAUAUUCCCUUUCACCCAUCCAGGAUUUACUGUAAUCAUAACGCCAGUUAAACCAUGAAGGGUAAUAGGCCCAUGUGUGUGAUGUUGUGUAAAUACAUCACUAUUGGUUGGUAACAGUAAGAAAUGUUCAUGUUUUUUACUUCGCCAUAACGUAUUCACAGUGAAGUUCUCAUGACCAGAACUGCCUCAAAGCUAUUAGUUUAGCAGUUUCCGGAAGGAUCCUUUUUGUACAAGGAUGUUUGCGCAGUUCAGUUUGUUUCGACAUAAGAGCUAGUCUCAAUUGCACAGGAAGUCUUUGGUCACAGUUGCUGAAAUCGGAAACCGUUUCAACAGAAGAGUUAAACCUGGCAUGCUAUACUAGCUAGGACUUGACAUCAUACAGUGUUUUUGGAGGAGUUUUAAAUGAUUUCCUGAACAUCUCAUCUGAAGGUAGAAGUCACAAGUGGAUUCUGGAGCAAUGAAAACACCAGCAUCUACAUUUACUGAUGUCUGCAAAUCUCCACCUUUUUAAAAUGGACAUUUGAAUUAAAGGUCUAAGGAUUAACAACCUACCGUCUGUGUGGUGAUCUAGGAAGAACCAUGUCUGACCAGAAAUCAAGAAAAGUGAAAAUGGGAUCAUCACGAAGACGCCCUCGGAAUCAAGAUGAAAAUGAGACUAAGAACGAUGAGUCCGAAAUGUCAUCAGGGCAAAGGAAAGGAGAUGGGGCUGAUUCGGUUUCAUUAACCAUACAAACAGACCUUUUCUCAUCGAAAGGCUUAUAUUCAAAAACACCACAAUUCAUGGAAGAUGUUAAUCCAUCACUAAAUGACCUCGCAGAGUCACAGCUGUCUCAACCUGGAAACCCAUAUCUUCUGCAAUCACCUGACACCGCAGGGAAGAGGAAGAAAAUGGGGUCUACUCGUAGGAAUAAAGGCAACCGAGAAGAGACAGACUUUGGGGAGAAACAACAUGACGAAACAGGAGACACCGAAACAUCCUUAGAACUUCAGGCAUCCAUUGUGGAAUUUGAGUCCCACAGCAACACUGAAGGGCUCCUGGGACCAAACAAAAUUGAAAUGGACACUGAGAGCAGAAGUCAACGUGAGUUUUUGUUUGCUUCUAACACACCCGACCAAUCAGAUGACCGAUGUAAAGAGGAAGUUGGUGAGGUUACUGAACCUAGUAGUGAAGCUGUGGCUAGUUAUAGCAGUGAAAUGCUUCAAGAUACUCCUCGAACCGACUCACUCCCCCAUCUGUCUCUUGACCUUGCAUUGCAAGCUGUUCAAGGAUUCACUGCUGAACCCAAAGCAGAGGAGUGGAAGAAACAGGAAGAGGGGAGGCAGGAACGUGAGCAUGCUGAGGCCGAGCCCUCCACAUUAAACAGCUCUAGGCAGUCAUCAGAUCAAUUCCUUGAGUCAGAUGCUUCAACCAUCACAGAAGAUUUUGAGUCAUUCAAUAACACAAUAGUCCUCCAAAGUGGAGAAGGUGAAGAGGAACUUCAACCUGCUCUAAAUGAGUCCAAAGUCCAAGAUGAUAUUAACUCUAUUGGACCAGGCAAUCAGGAAGCAUUGCACCAAAGAGAUGAAGCAGAGGACUUUGUUGAUCUGAUAGUUGAAGAAAAUAUAGUACUGGCAUAUAGACCUCAUUUUAGACAACUAGACAAUGUAGAAAGCUAUCAACCUGAGCGACGUGAGGAUAUUAGCUCCUUUUUAAAAUCAACCCCCUCCGACAGCUUUUUGGGUCAUGACGAACGUGCUCACACAGGAUCCAACUUUCCAGGGAGAAGAAAGAUGGGUUCCUCUCGCAGGGUGGAAGAACAUGGAGAGAGUAAGAUACGUAAAUAUCGGUAUCUUUAUGGUGAGGGUGAAGAGGUCAUCAUGGGAAAAGAACAAGUGUGUGGCAUCGAAGAGACUGAGUGUGAAAUGUCUAUGGAGCCUAAAGGCAGCGCCAGUGGAGACGAGAAGGAAGGCGAGCAGAUGGGAAAGGAGAAUUUCCAAACAGAGGAAGACACAGAAGAGAUAGGAGAGCAGUUAGAGUGGGACAUGGGAACAGUGGAAGGAUUCAGUGUUAAAACAUUAGAAAAGUCUCUGAUGUUAUUGGAACCGGAGCAUAGAGCAGAUGAGAAAGGAGAGGAUGUUCUGAUUGAACCAACCCCUUUUGACCAUGUCAUCUAUUCAUUUGGUAUUGAGGAUCAAUUGUAUAACAAAGACAACAGAGCCACUGUAUUUAUAGAAACUGGCAAUAUAGAAACUGAGAGCAACAGUGAAGCAAGCAUGGCCCACAUAGUUGACCCAUUGUUCCAGUCCAACACUGAAGACCUCCAAUCAGGAGACCCGUUUCUCAGCGAGGAGGAAGUUGGUGAUUAUACGUUGCUUGGGAAUGAUUCUGAAGUGAGUGACAGCAGCCAAAUAAUAUAUAAUCAUGCUCUUACAAUAGAUUCAGAUGUCAUCUUGAGCACUGAGCCCAAUAUCUCUCCUAGUCAACUCAUCCAUACUCCAUGUGUGGAAAUCACUAACCCCUUUCUCAUUCUCAACCCACUAUUACUGCAGAGUAUUCAAGGGAAUGAAGAGGAUGCAAACACUGACUCCAAUACCACAAACGGACUGGAGACAUCAGUCAUUUUACUCAGCGAGGGGGAAGUUAGUGAUCACGUGCUGCUUGUAAAUGAAGUGGGUGUUGGCAGCCAAGUGACGUAUGAUGGAGCAACUCUCACAACAGAGCCCUGCCAAACAGAUGAGCCUUUGAGCACUGAUCCUAAUAUCUCUGCUAGUCAACUCGGCCAAGCUUCAUACGCGGAUGAAAGCACCAACUCCUUUCUCAAACCACCCUUACUGCAGAGGGUUCAGGACCAAGGUGAUAAUGCAGCAAACACAGACUCCAAUCAGAGUUCCUCUCCAAGCAGGAGGAGAAAGAUGGGGUCGACUCGCAGGCAUCCUGCACAAAGAGAAGAGGCCACAGAGGAAAAACAAGAAGAAAUAAAAAAAGCUGAGGUGUUAGAAGACAAGGGAGAGGCCAUGGAGUUUGAAAUGUUGAUGAAAUCAAAGGAUGGGGCUGGUAAAGAGAAGAACGAAGGAGACAAAAGAGAUGAGAAUGUCCUGACUGACCUCAGCUGUUCUGUCAGUACUUUAAAUCAAAAGGGAAGAAUGGAUGGUAACGAAAUAGAAAGUAAGAGACAGUCAAUCAUAAAUGAGUCCAUGGCAACACAACUCAUUCUUCAAAGUGAAUCCGAGUUGACUGAUAGUAGCCAAACUCUUCACAACCCUGAUUUUCCCACUGUAGAGUCCUACCCGUCCAAUAACACACUGAACUCAAAUCCUUAUGUCUCUGGUUUGCAACACGAAGAAACAUCAUUGGAGGUAACACUCUGUGAAUCAAGAGAAAGCACCGACUCCCCUCCAGAUCCCCCCUCACUGCAGAGUUCUCUUGGUCCGAAAGAAACGGCAGGCGCCCCACGGAGGAAAAGGAAGAUGGGUUCCACUCGCAGGACUCCUCGAGAUAGACAAGGGGAGGAGAGAACAGAAGGAAAGGAGGAUGAGAAAGAAAAAGACACAGAGGUUCUAGAAGAAGUAGGCGCGGUCAUGAUAGCAGUAGAAAUUGAGUCUAGCAUAGAAAAGCCUGAGCUUGAGGAAAUUCUAGGAACGGUGACAGUGGAGCAGGUGACAGAGACCAUAGUAGUAGAAGGGGAAUCUGCCUUAAAGUCUGAGCUUGUAGAACUUAAAGUUAGAGAGGCGGAAGAGGUAGAUGUGAAAAUAGCCGCUGAGAGCGAAAGCAACCAAACUCCCUGUGGUUUAGCAGCCCAAGAGUCAGGUGAAAUGGUUUGUAUAGAUUCUCAUCGACUCACCCAAACUGCUCACAUGGAACAACGUCUUUCAACACCAAGCCCCAGUCUUCCUUCGAAAUUAUCUCUCUCUCUGAGUUCCCAAUCUCACAAGGAUGUUAAUCAAUCCAAAGCUACAGGGAAGAGAAGAAAGAUGGGCUCUACCCGUCGGACACCAGGUGGACUCCACUCAGAGGAAGAAAAGCAGGAGACAGGAGAAAAGGUAACAGGGGAAGAGGUUAGAGAGGAAGCCAUUGGAGAUCCGGGCGUCAAUGUUAUCUCGGAAAGAUUUCAAGGGGAGUGCAGGGCUAAAGCUGUUAGUCUGGAGGACCAACAGGAGAGGAAGAGCACAGAGAAGGGGACAAUAUUCAUAGAGGUUGUUCCCUCAAGCACUGCUUUGAGUGGAGGGGGGUCUGAACAAGUGGCUGCAGCUCCACUGCCAGGCCAAGGGAAUAAAAGAGGUCAAGAAAAGGCAGAGCGUGUGGAGAAGAGCCCGGUCACCAGAGAGAAGAAGAAACAGCCAUCUGGUACCUUAGGAAGCAAUGGCUCUAGAUCAAACCCCUACAAUGUGGUGAUGGUUGGAAACAGCAGUGUGGGCAAAACCUCCUUCAUGAAGCGCUUCCAAAGUGGCGAGUUCUGUAUGGACCACUAUGCUACCAUUGGUAUUGAUACCUGUAUUCAGCCUGUGACAGUGGAUGGCAGCCCAGUGACUUUACAGUUAUGGGAUACUGCAGGUCAAGAAAGGUAUCACAGUAUCACCAGGCAGGUGUUCCACAGAGCCCAGGGUCUAGUGCUGAUGUAUGACAUCACUUCCUCUCAGAGCUUCUGUGACAUCCGCUACUGGGUCAACUGCGUUCAGGAGGGGGCCCCAGAUGACGUCAUUGUUAUACUCCUUGGGAACAAGGCCGAUUGUGCUAAUCUAGAACGAGAGGUUCAGACUCAUGAAGGGGAAAACCUGGCAACGGGGUACGGCAUGCUCUUUAUGGAGUGUAGUGCUGCCACAGGUGACAAUGUGACUCUGUCUAUGGAAACGCUGGCAAGGACGCUAAAGCAGUUGGGAGAGGAGACACGACAAGAAGAGGGAAGCUUGGUGUUGCAGAAAGAACCCCCGAAGAAGAAAUCAGGCUGCUGCUGAUCAAGGUGGAGAAGACUGUGAGAUGUACCAAUCUGUAGCACAGUCGCACGCACACACGCGCACACACACAUUUGUGCCUCAUACGCCCUUGUGAUUUGUAUUUUAUUUCUAUAUGUAAUAUAUCAAAUGCGUUGAACAAAUCAUGUAGUAAUAGUGAUGUGACACUUGAAAUUAUCCUUCCUUUGGUACUUCUUUUAAUUACUGUUUAUGGCGGGGAAAAUAUAAAAUCUUUGAGGUAUACGUUCAUACCAACACUAUUCAUUUAUAUUAGAUACUUAUAUAUUAUAAUUGUAGGGUUUCUAUUUGCAUGAAAAAUAUCAAGCUAUGCAGCUAAUAAAUGCCUAAUAAAUUCAUGAUGCAUUCAACUGCCUCCGUAGUUAGUCAUAUUGACAGAAAAUAUUACUAUUGAACUAUUACUGUGAGUUCCAGGAGCUGCCACACUCUUCUGAUCCGUUCCGAUCUUAUUGAUAGCUGCUGUUACAUCACAGUAUCACAUUGUAUCUCAUCACUAUAUCGACUAGAAGACAGAGACGUUCAGAGUGUGAUUUCAUCGAUUGUCAUUUGUUGCCUUGUCCGUCCUGUGGGUUCCAGAGCCACAUUAGGACCAGUACCAUCAGGCUGAGGAACACAGCAAACACAAUGAAGAAGACCUCUGCUGCCCACUGGCUGCGCUGCACACCUGUCACCACCAGGGGGAGCUCUGAGGGGAUCAUGUUGGUCAGGUUCAACAUGUAGCCCAGCGUCCAGCCAAUGUCUGUGUCUGCCACCUGAUAGACACAGAUGAUGUGUAUAUAUAAACAUAUACUGUAUCACAAGAGGUUGGUGCCACCUUCAUUGGGGAGGACGGGCUCGUGGUAAUGGCUGGGGUGGAAUGGUAUUGAUGCCAUUCUAUUUACUCCGUUCCAGCCAUUUAUUUUGAGCCGUCCUCCCCUCAGCAGCCUCUACUGUCCUGUGUGUAUGUAUAUGAUACACACAGCUUCAUUAGGGCAGCACAUCUAUUAAUAUUGACUGCCGCACAAGAAUAUUGAGUAUUCUGUGGUGUAACUUCAUUCAUUUUGUGUCCUGAAGUUAAAUCUUUCAAUAGGAUUGUUGACGUUUUUACAUCUGCUGUAUAGUUGAACACACCUGUCUCUGGAAGUAUAUGUUUCCCCAGGUCUGGUUGAACUUGUAGCCGUCUAGUAGUACUGUCAUUAUGUAGUUGGCCGAGGCACAGUAAUCACGAAGGUACUUGUCUUUGACAGCAUACUCUUUCUUGAGCUGCCAAAAAAGGUGAUUAAGCACGUUGCCGCAACAUUGGGAAUUAGAUCAUUACGAGGUAAAGUGUGUCGGCUACUGUGGAUUGAUGUCUGUGCUAAAAAGAAUGACAUGUUAUGCUAACACACACAAAUACUGUGUGUUAGCAAUAGUUUUAAACUGCAGACCUGCAAUUCACCAAUAUAACAGGUUAUUACAGUGGUAACUCCUACUGUAUAUACACAAACAUCUGUUAAUUUUUCCUAAACAAGCUUGAUACCAUUGUCUGAGGAGACAGAGCCUCUGUAGUUGGAAUACGUCAGUCAAGGUCAUACUCAAUGUUCAUUCUCAAUCACCUGUUUAGCAUGUGGUUGAGUAUGAUUCGAUGAGUCUGUGUACUGGUAUACAGUUUUUAAGGAAGUGUACUGGCAAUGGGAAAGGUCAGCAGAGGUCUCUAUAUCUCACCGAGUUCCAGGUCCUUUUGCAGAAAGUGUUUAUAGUGGUGGUAGCCUGAGACAGAGAGGACUGAGGAGCCAGACCAAGGAAGUCAAAGGUGUAAUAGUAUGCUGAGAAAGC